AUGUCAUCCUCCAAUUAUGUCACAACGGGCCAGGCGCGAAACCUGCGCGCAUGCAUGAUCUGCUCGAUCGUCAUGACCUCCCAGCGCUUCCAAAACGAAGGCUGCCCCAACUGCGAAGAGUUCCUGCACCUCCAGCAUUCCCCGGACCAGAUCGAGAGCUGUACAUCCCAAGUCUUUGAGGGUGUCAUCACACUCGCGAACCCAACCAAGUCGUGGAUCGCAAAGUACCAGCGUCUCGAUAGUUAUGUGCCUGGCAUGUAUGCCAUCAAGGUCUCGGGACAACUACCUGAUGAUGUUCGAUCGACGUUGGAGGACGAGUAUAGAAUACAGUACAUUCCACGUGACGGUACAGAGGUGGAGAAUGAUGCUUAA